GAUGGAGCAGUCGCCAGAGGCUGGGGUGUUGCCGGUCCGUGAUGGCUGCACUGGUAAGGGCCGUGGAAAUCAAUCCCUUGGAAAGGGUCAUGGUCUGAACUUGGAGGGUCAGCUUGUGCGGGUGUGCCGCCUGAAGCUGAUGAUGGAGGACGGCGACAUGGAGGGUAUCACACACCAAGGAGUGCUGCUCGCGACGGAGGCGGCAGUUCUUGGGCAACAUGAUGAACAACAAGCUCAUGAAGGAGCUGCUCCGCGACCAAUCAGGGCUGACAACGCCAUUUACCUGCCUGAACGAGAUGAGGCUUCUCGCCCUGCUGGCAUGGAUCUUCAACCAGCACGACGAUUGCGAGGCAAAACAAAGCCUGCUAUGUUGCAUCGAUUGAUGCGGGCACCAAUCGAGGGGGAGGAUGACCCUUUUGAACAUCUUGGCCGAGUCAAUGCGCCAUCAUGGGAGAGAGACAGCGAUGAUAGCUGGUCUCUGGAGACAGUGCCAUCACCAGACUCAUCUCUGGACGGAUCUGGAGGUGGGGAGGAGGAGGAGGCGCCUAAUAGUCAGUGCGGUGGCUCAUGCCUGACAGCCUCACAGGAAUAUGAAAACUUCUUACAAAAGGUGCAACACAACUUGCACAUGUUGGUGAUGGAUGAGAUGGUCCACAUUGAUGGCACGGCUGAUGAACAAGCUUGGUGCAUGCCCGUGUUGAAAGAGAUGCUGGUGCAAAAGGCGGAGGUUGAAGAGGCGACGAACCCAUGUGGAAUCUGGAAGCUGUGGACCGAUGAGAACUAUGAAAAGCGAGGCUGGAUCUAUGAGGGGCCGCGGUGGCUCAACUUCAUCCAUGACUUCACGGCGACGGUCGGGCUCAGCCGGCGCUACAUCGUUGGAGACCAGGCCACGUUCGGGCUUGCAGGGUGGCGGAAGCACUAUUUCUUUGAGUAUGAUGCCACAAUCGGGCUCUUGCGGCGUGGUUGA